AUGCUGUGGAAAUCAAGCGAUUCAACUCCAGCUGAAUUAGUGGUUGAUGACAGUGCCAAAGAUGAUAGACAAAUUAUGUCUAACAGGUGGAUGAGGGAAGGCAGAAAUGAAGCACCGGUAGCAAAAGCCAAAGAUUUGACUAUUAUUUUAUUAGCAAGCGUAGUGUUCUUAGAUGGAAGUGAAUCGUCGGAUGAUGAAGGAAUAAUUCGAUGA